UGUGCUUUGUCGUGGAGGCACACGGCCCACCAGCUCCCUCCGCCGUGCUCCUCUGCUCACUGCCUUGGAUUCCGCUUCGCUUCCUCCGGUCCUCUCUCCGCCGCGCCUCCACCAGUCUCCAGGGAGCACGACUGCGCCACCUCUCCCCACUUCCCAUGGCGGCGCUGGGCACGGCGACCACACCCGCAGCAGCUCCCGGGGCGCCGCGCUGCUAUAAUCGGCACCCGCGGCCGCGGCACCACAUCGCGGCGCGCCGGAACCGGGUUGCCUCGGCGAGGAGGCUUGACCUGUGCGCCAGCGCCUCACCCUCACCUGCCGUCACUGCUCCCGACAUACCCGACGAAGCUGUCGAGGAACCCUUGGUGGAGCCGGCGGCGGAGACGAAGCUGAGGAAGCUGGCAUGUCCAAUCUGCUACUACCCCCUCGCGGGCUCGAGCGAUCAGUCGGACGAUGCUUCCAGUCUCGAAUGUUCAACCUGCAAGAAAUCCUACCCGAACAAACAGGAUUACUGGGAUCUUACAGUGUCAGUUGGUUCGAUAGAGUACUCUGAGUCCAUGCCAGCAGCAACAGAAUUGUUCAGGACUCCACUGGUAUCAUUUCUUUACGAAAGAGGAUGGCGCCAAAAUUUCAUAUGGGGUGGUUUCCCAGGCCUAGAGAGAGAGUUUGAAAUGGCAAAAACUUAUUUGAAGCCAACAUUUGGAGGGACUAUUGUUGAUGCAAGUUGUGGAAGUGGCCUGUUCUCAAGAUUGUUUGUUAAGAGUGGGCUAUAUUCUCUUGUUGUGGCACUGGAUUUCUCAGAGAAUAUGUUGAAGCAGUGCAAUGAAUACAUCAAGCAGGAAAACAUUUCAGAUGAGAGAUUAGCAUUGGUGAGGGCUGACAUAUCCAGACUCCCUUUUGUGAGUGGUUCAAUUGAUGCUGUGCAUGCAGGUGCUGCAAUUCAUUGUUGGCCAUCCCCAGCUUGUGCUGUUGCAGAUAUCAGUAGAGUCCUUCGCCCAGGGGGAGUUUUUGUUGCUUCGACAUUCGUAGCAGAUGUUAUUCCACCAGUUAUUCCAGUAUUGAGGAUCGGACGACCGUACAUUAGCCAAAUAACUGGCAACAAUACCUUCUUAUCUGAAGUGGAGUUUGAAGAUCUUUGCAAAGCAUGUGGGCUGGUUGAUUUCAAAUUUGUCAGAAGUGGAUUCUAUAUAAUGUUUUCUGCCACUAAAGCAAGCUAAUUAAGUAGCAGCAAUCGUCCAGUAGUUUAUGUCAAGCCUCCUCGGUUUUAUACUGCAAAUGGUUUCUUUCUGUGCAUUGUGCGGUUUUGCCCUUUGCUCUUAAGGCUGGCAACUUUCCUCAAGGGAGGUGUGAUUUAAAUAGUGAAUACACAUGUUUUACUUGACUGACCUCAUUAUAGCAUGGUGCAUGGAUAUAUCAGUUAUUUGUAUAUAGCUUAAUAGAUUUUUGCAAUUCUACAAUUUAUUAACUUAAUUUAACUAUUCAUACAUGUGGUUCCUUUGAACCAAUCGCAA